AUUUUAUUGUCCCUAAUUAGAACAUAAUUUUUUACAGUAACGCGAAAUUAUAGCUGAUUGUUUUCAAUCACCCAUGAAAGUACUUAAUUGUCACAAUCUUCCGUUCCUUAUCACGGAAUGUAAAUAAAUAUCUGUGUAUAAAAAGACUACAGUACUUAAUGAAUUAAAUCAGUAAGUGACUUAAUCUUGACUAGUCGACUAGACUUGCAUCCGUUGAGGAGUGUGUGAAUAUAGACUACCUAAAUAAAUCUCUGAGAAAGCAGUUGAAAAGGAAUUUUUGGACGUAUAGCUCGUGUUCUGUAAUCAUAAAACAAACUUAAUAAAUUUACCUACUUGCCAUGGAAUCAAUAUUCAAAGACCGUAAAAUCGCAAUUAUUGGAAGUGGAUUAAUCGGACAAUCAUGGGCAAUGAUAUUUGCUUCUGUUGGAUAUAAAGUAACAAUCUAUGAUAUUCUUCAGCCACAAAUUGACAAUGCAUUAAAGCAGGCUGAAGCACAAUUAAAGAGUCUUUCUGAAAAGGGAUUACUUCGUGGAAAAUUGUCAGCCGAUCAGCAAUUUAGCUGUAUUAGUGGAUGUACAGAUAUAAAAGAAACUGUUAAGGGAGCUUUCUUUCUCCAAGAGUGCAUCCCUGAAAAUUUGGAAAUUAAGAAAUCGCUGUAUAAGCAGUUGGACGAGAUUGUUGAUGAUAAUAUUAUAAUUUCGUCUUCAACUUCAACUUUUAUGCCUUCUCAAUUUUCGAGUGACAUGAAGCAUCGCUCACAAGUUUUGGUUUCACAUCCAGUGAAUCCACCAUAUUAUGUUCCAUUGGUUGAGAUUGUUCCUUCAGAACACACCAAAACAGAAUUUCCAAUUGCAACUAGAGCUUUAAUGUCGGAAGUAGGACAAAAGCCUGUUGUUUUGACGCGUGAAAUUGAGGGAUUUGCAUUGAAUCGUAUCCAAUAUGCAAUUUUAAAUGAAUGCUGGCAUUUGAUUGCUGAUGGAAUUUUGAGUGUUAAAGAUAUUGAUUCAGUUAUGUCUGAUGGAUUGGGAAUGAGAUAUGCUUUCCUGGGACCAAUGGAAACGACCCAUUUAAAUGCAGAAGGCUUCUUGUCGUAUUGUGAACGGUAUUCAAAAACAAUCAAUGGUGUAAGUCAAACAUUCAAGCCUGUGCCAAAAAUGGAAGGACCGGUUAUGGAAAAAGUCGCAAAGGAAUUAGAAGAAAUGUGUCCUUUAGAAGACUUAGAAAAGCGUCGCAAAUGGCGUGAUAACUGCCUGACUUUAUUAAGUCAAAUGAAGAAGGAUUUGUGAGAUUAAAUUUGAAAGUUAAAAAUCACUGGUACGUGAUAUUUUUUUACGGACGGACAAUGCUGAAUGAUCAAUAUUUUAAUGUAUGUAAUGUAAUUCAGUAAAAGAUAUUUUUUACAAAUGAGAGACGAAUAUUUUUAAAAUAAAUAAAGUCAUUGACUAAGCAUAU